AUGGCCAUCUCCUCCUCUCGGUCCGCAAAUCAUCUGGCCAUUGGGAAGAAGAAGGUGAGUGCGGUCAGUCACAAUGAUUAAUUACUGCUCGCGCCCUGCAGAAAAACGACUUCAUUUCGGCGGGGGGAUAAAUUGACGGAGAGAGAUUAUGGCCCACCCAUUUGCCGGCCCAGCCUUGGCUUAUUUUGGAAUUCGGGCUAUUGCGGAGCCUGCGAAAGCUUCGAGUAUGGGACAAUUAGUGGGAAAUGGGGUGUUUGUGUGGGAAAAAGAUGGGUCGAGAGGGAUCGGAAGUGGGUUGGAGGAGAAUUUUGAGGUAUAAACAGCUCGGAUAUUUAGGGAGUUUUGUGUUAUCCUUGGUUUAUGAGAAGCCUUCAGUCUAUUCUUCGAAUUUUUACUCCGAAAAGGAGUCAAAAUUCGGGCGUCGCGACACUUGCGGGCAACCACUUUGAAAAAAAACAAUCACACACACUGUAUUGGUACUUUUGGAACUGUUGCCCGCAAAUGUCGGCUUCCCGCAAGUAUUGCCUGCCCGCAAAUGUCGGAAAACUUCCAAAAUAUCGAAGUAAUUUUUCCACCUCCACCUUGUUAUCCUCAAAUGCCGGUUGCCCGCAAAUGUCGGCUGCCCGCAAAUGUCGGCAAAUUUCCAAAAUAUAAUAUCAUAGUAAUUUUUCCACGUCCACCCUGUUACCCUCACAAUCAGGUCUCGGUUGCCCGCAAAUGUCGGCUGCCCGCAAAUCUUCCAGGCUGCCCGCAACUGUCGACCCUGCCCGCAAAUGUUCGAGGCUGCCCGCAAAUGCCCGUGCUGGCCGCAAAUGUCGGCUGCCCGCAAAUUGGCUGCCCGCAAAAAAUUUGCCCGCAAACUGGUUGCCCGCAAAGUGGUUGCCCGCAAGUGUGCGCCCGCCAAAAUUCGCAAUUUUUUUGCGAGUUUAUCCAGGAAGAAUUUUGGUUUAAUAAGGCCAAGUGAAAAGGCCAGUACUUGUUUCUACAAUGGAGAAAAAAAGUAUAUUUUGCGGAUUAAACUUCAAAGUGCAUAAGUGGGUUUGCACAUUUACCAUAAGGUAAACCAGGGGUUUUUACAGGUUCAGAAACCUUUUUUUCAAACAAACUUCCAUAAAUUUGAAAGGGGUGGAUGAAUUCAAUUGAUUUGUAUACCUAUCAGUACCACGAACGUGCCAAUACAAAAUUUCCAUCAUAAAACGUAUAUUACGGGAGGAAAACCGUAAUUCUCAUCGGUAUAUGUUGGCUGCCUGCAAGGCCGCCAGUGUCGCGACGCACAUUGGAGAAAGGUUUUCAUUGGCAGAUCUUGAACAUUGCCGGGCAGGGCCAACGUUGAUAGAAGCCGGGCCACAGCCAUGGAUGUAGCAUAAGCCCAGCCGUCUCCGCGGAGCUCCGUCCACCUCACCUUUCUCUCACUAGUUCUGCCAACCUUGAUUCCCGAAAAUCCCAUUCAAAACAACGAUAGUAUUAUUACAACACAGACGAUUGAAUAAUUAAUUCCAUCUUGACGUUUUAUUAUUCCAUUAGGCGUGUAUUAUUUAUAAACUGGUUCCAUCAUGCGGAUAUCUCUUCUUCUUCCUUUAUCUUCUCCUCGAGAGCGCGUAGAUGAUUCCUGACAGUCGGACAAAGUUAGUGUAAAUAUCGGGUUAAUGUUUAUGAUAGGGGAAGAGCGAUUUAUUGGAGAGUUCAGCGUUGUUUUUGACUUCACUUCUGCGAGUAAACAGUAUGCUUGGUAGGGGGUUUGGAGCUUUAGUUGUUGCAGAAAAGGUUGAAAAUAAAAUUAUGGGUUUUUGGUCGGAGAGAAUGGCGUUGCAGUUUCUAGGGUCGACGAUACUUUGUGUCGCAUCGAUUGUAUGCUUGGGGGAGGCCAGGAGAAGGCUCAGUUAUUAGAAAUAAUAAGAUUGAUCGAGUCCUAGGAUAACUUAUCACCUAUUUUAUGAUAUUUUUCAUGUAUUCACAUCAAUAAUGCCUAGAUAAAAGUUAUGGAUCUUUGUUUUUUGCUGCAAAUUGUGGUCUUUUAUAUGUUACACUAGCUCAAGGUCAAGAAAAUUAAGGUUAGUUAUAGCUGAACUUACAAAAAUUGCUCAUAUUGUUAUGCCUUCGCCAAGUCUCCGCCGAGACUUCGCCAAGAGCCGGCAAGGCUUCCAACGGCUUUGCCAGGCCUUGUAAGCACCUCCUACCUAUUUUUUGGGUCUCCACCUGUAAUACGCCUCGUGUUGAUUGAUUUUUACGGAGACCCGAACUAUCAUCGACCCGAAAAGUCCGUGGAAAUACCAGGUACUGUAAUGGUACGUAAUGCUGACAUCUAGAUGGCUUGGAGGCAAAUUGUUGAAAAAAUUUGCUGCUUUCUCCAAAAAGCGCCUGCAAAAUUUCGUUGACUUUUCUUUGUCGUCAUAAAGAGCUUGAAAAGCAGGUCACUUCUGAUUAAUCGUCUUCUGCGGCUUGUAAAUCCGACUGGGUCAAUUUGUUGCUCGUCGGUUCCGAUCUUUAUUUAGAGCUCUGAGAAUGUCGGACAUUCCGGGAAACACUGUUUUUUGGACAGUUGGGCGGUAAUAGAGCACUGACUAUAGCUGCUGUGCAAAGAUUGUUUUGAAAUUUGAGAGAUUGCUUUUGUUUUCGGGGUUGAUGACGAAACAGUUUGUCAUCGUUCUUUUGUGCUUUUCUGAUUGUACAUAUUACACACAGCUCGAUUGAACUUUUGUUUUAUGAAAUCUCAGAGCAGGAUUAAUUUUUACAAGGAAAGUACUUCUAUGGGGUGUGGAGUUACAGGUCGAGAUAUAUAUCAAAAAAUUCGCAAAAAUUUUCUGAUUCAGAAUAUAUAUAAAUUAGCUGCCUAAUUUUGGUCUGAUGACAUGUUUUUGUCCUCAGAAGUUUUCUCGCGACACCAUGCAAGUGUCUUUUUGACCGUGUUUUUAACAAUAAAAAAGUUUUGUUUUGUGCUAAACUAAAUUCUGAGGCCUUGACAAGCCUUAAAAUAUCAAAUUGGAUUACAACUACACCUUAAAGGUAGUUCCAAUGUAAAAAAUGGGUUCUAGUGUGGCAAAAAGAAUCGAACCCGUUUCCCUCGGAUUUCCAAUCCAGCGCUCUAUCCACUCGGCCAUGCGCUCUCUUCCGAAGGAAGAGACCGAGCGCGCUUUUGUUGCCGCAGAUUUUUUUCCUCGAGAAAUACAUUUACUGAUAAAACUCGUUGAUAUACCAAAAUUAGGCAGCUAAUUUUUAUAUAUUCUGAAUCAGAAAAUUUUUGCGAAUUUUUUGAUAUACAUCUCGACCUGUAACUCCACACCCCAUAGAAGUACUUUCCUUGUUAGAUAGAAAUUUUGAUGACUGAAAAAGCAAAAAAAAUUGUAUGUUACUAGUCCUUCCGGAAAGUUGCCGGACUGAAAUCGACACUGUAAAAAAAUGUUUGCUUUGCACCGUGCAAUAGCCGUUUUUGGGGUGUCACUUGCAUCAUGCCUUUUCGUGAACAGUGCAAACAUCAAAAAUCAGUUCGGCGAGGUUCCUAAUGAAUUAUUAGUCUGUCGGGAAUAUAAUGAGCACACUGUUGCUGCGCCAAUUGCAUCGCUGAAGUGAAAAACCAUUAAAUUUUGUCACGACACAAUUCAUUUUUUCGGCGACGAUGCGAUUUCGAUGCAACAGAGCGCUCAUUAUUUCCCUGGCAGACUGAUAGUACCGAAGCUUUACCAUCUCAUUUCUCUGAGGUUUCUGCAUAACGCGAUAUAAUAUUUGGCUUGAUUGUGGCGAAGAUCCCGUACUCUAUUUCUCCAAAAUUUUCCGACAAUUCGAAAAUCCAAUUUUGAGGUAUUAGUUGGACUUUAGCCCUCUUGUAAAUUCCCAAUUCCUAACCCCGAGAAGUCUCUUUUACAAACCAGCCUGUAAGAAAAUAAAUAUUUAUGAUACCGCCGUAUUCUCCCCCCUUCAUCCCUUCCCCAUGGCCUCGCCGCAAUCGGUCGCGCACACUAACCUUUUGACCUUCUCUUUCUUGAAUCCCCAUCCAUUUUUCCCCCGCUUUUUCCUUUUGCACAUGGAAAUUGCGCUCGCUCUUUUUUUGCCGCUACAUAAGUGCGGCUUUUUCUUCGUUACGAAAAAAGGGUCUUGUUACCCAUCUUAUUCGGUGCGCGAGAGCCGUGUUGCGUUACCGAAUGGAAACAUUUCGACAAAAAAAGUUUUUGGCUCGAAAACGAGAACUUUGUUCGAAGGAGGGCUAUCUGGGGCAGGGCUUGCAGGCUUCGGGAAGAAUUUUUUUGAAGAUUUCGUUGACUUUUUGUUGGAAUUUUGGGUAGAAUUAGUGACAUACGUAUACUUGAAGCAAUAUUAAUUUUUGACAUAAAAAAUUUUUUUACUAUUUUUUGAUGACAUUAAAAAAUAUUUAUUAUUUUUUAGCCAUCUUAUUUUUUUUUAUUUCCAGGAAGACCUGCGUAUUUUAUACGUAUAACAAUUUUAAGAUCUCGUCUCAAAAAUUUUCGGUGCUAUGACUUUCCGGGCCAACGAUAGUUUGGGUCACCAAAAAUGUGGAUUGCGUCCCAUUUUUGGUUAUUAAGCCUUCUCCGGUGGCUAGAAGGCUUAAUUAUUAGAAAUAAUAAGAUUGAUAGAGUCCUAGGAUACCUUAUCACCUAUUUUGAGGUAUUUUACAUGUAUUCACAUCAAUAAUAUCUAGAUAAAAGUUACAAAUCUUCUUUUUUUGUCGCAAAUUUUAGUCUUUUAUAUGUCACUAUAACUCAGGAUAAAGAAAACUAACGUUAGCAAUAGCUAAAGUUAAAAAAAUUAGACAUAUUGAAACUCUUUACCAAGUCUCCGCCGAGCCUUCGCCGAGCAUCCUACGGCUUUGCCAGGCCUCAUAGGUCUUCCUAUGACCUUUUUUUAGUAUCCACCUACACUGCCCCCCGUAUCGAUCGAUUUUCUGUUGACCCGAACUUUUGUCGACCCGAAAGGUCGGGACCCGAAAUUUUCCACUUUUCCUGCAUCGAAACACGGUCAAAAUUAAAUUUCGCGACUUUGUUUUAACACAAAACACUGUUUGCUCGGUAAACGAUGGGUUUACCGCGACUUUGAAAAGAAGGUCAUUACCGGGCCCGACAACAAACAUUGCGGCGUGCGAACAAUCCCUAAUACCGUUGCGUUUUGGUGCAAAUGGAAGAGAAAGUGGACAUUGUAUUAGAUUUCCGAAGCAAAGGUUGAGUGUUAUAAAUUUGGGUCUUAAAAAAGUUUAAAUGUAAUUUUUAUGAAAUUUGGGAUAAGGUAAGGCCAGGACGCAAUUAUCAGAAAAAGCUAUCAAGAGCAACGCACAGAUCUUCUUUAAAUUUUUCACAUAAGUAAGGUAUAGAGCACAUAUCAAGCGCUGAAAAUUUUAGUUCGCGAUUUGCAGCAGCAGCCAAGAUAUUCAACGAUCUUUGGGGGCGAGAGAGCACGUAAGACGCGGAGAGCGGUCAGAGAACAAGAUUCUUUUUAGCCGUAUCUUUUCCAGUUUUGGGCAUAAAAUUUUUUAUUUUUGUGGAAAAAUUACUCUUUAUCAUAGAAAUAGACAUGAAAAUUUCUAUGGAAAAAUUCGCAAAAAAGUGUCAUGUUUCCCAACUUUCAAUCUAAAAAUCUCGAUGGUUUUUAGCAAAGAGCGAGAUAGGAGUCUCACAUCUGGCCUAGAAAAAAGUAUAAUUUAAUUCUGUGCCAAGUAUCAUCAAAAUCUGAGCGUUUUACUUGGAGCACUUCUAGAUUCUUGUAGCUAUGCUUCACAGAGACAAAUCAGUUUUUUUGGCCCAAAAUUAACCGGAAAUCCGACGGCUUUUUUCUUCAGUUGACACUUGCAAUAAUCGUUGAUUUUUUUGGCUGUCGUUGCUUAGCGGAGGCAAAAAUUUUUAUUCCUUGAAAGGCUAUCUAUUAGUUAGAAUAGAUUGUCUAAAUUUCAAGAAAAUCUGCCAUAGACUUUCCAAACAAUAGUACGCUCUAUCAUGUCAUCAAAAUUCCACGGUGUUUGUAAAUUUCCGUUCAGUUCUUUAACUCCAAUCGAAGCCUCCGCCGUCGACCUUGACGACAGUUUAAGUUUGAACCCGACGCACUUUGUAAUCCUUCUCUAACAACAAUAUUGACCUGAAUACUCGCCGCGCGGACGUCUCGAGACUGGAGUACCUCUCCAGCCUCGCCAAGAACGAGGGUUUGUCGCGCGUCAUGCCCCACCCACCACAGGCCCUCUUCCGAUCCCCAUAACCAUGUCAGAGUCCAUCGGAUGAGGUGCUUAAAGGGCGGGGGGAAUGAGUUUUUUCCGAGCGCCCAAUUAAUCCCCAACAUAAAUUGGCAUAAAAUCGCCCCGCUUGUCGUCGGGGCGGCUCACGAAAAUUUGUUCAGCGCUUUUCGAUUAUUUCUUCGUGUGUGAAUCGGGCUUGGUUAUUCAUUCCCGGGGCUUGCCUGAAAUUCGCCGGGAUUCCGAAUAAUUCCACACGGGCCUUUUGCUUCUCCCCCGCGAUGAGGCGGAAAUGAUCGCUUGUUUGUGACGCUAUAAGAAGUGCAUGUCUUGAAUUUCGAGGUGAUUUCGCGGAGAUUUGCUGCUUGAGGGCUGAAUUUGCUGUGAAUUUUUGGCAAAGAUAUGGAAGCUUAUACUGUAAUUUUGUGAUAUCAGGCUGUCGUGAAAAUAAUGAGCACUCUGUAGCAUCGAAAGCUGAAUCACCGCGGAGAAAAUAAAUUGUGGCGCGAAAAAAUCAAAUUGCUUCUCGUUUCAGUUAUGCGAUUGGCGCAGCGACACUGUGCUCAUUAUUUUCCCGACAGGUUUACACACAGUUUUAAUUGUCUUUUUAAACAAUGAUUUUUUAUGAAGUAGUGGGCAAAAUUUUGUCAAUCUUUGUGUCUAAACUAUAAAUGGGUGACAAAUGGAAUUUUGAAAAUUUUAGUUAGCGCUUUCAACAUACAUCCGAGGUUUUGAGCAAUCUUUGACGGCCUAACAAAGGCUACAGAAAAGAGCAGAUUUUUUUAUUGAGUCUAUGCCUUCUAUUGGCAACUCCCUAAUACUGAAAAGUACACGAAUCUGAUAAAUUCAUCCACCGCUUUCAAAGUUAUCGGAGUUUGUUUUCAAAAAAUGCUUUCUCAAUCUCUAAGAAUGCCUGGUUAACCUUAUUGUAACUAUUCAAGCUAACUAUACUCUUGGAAAAUUGUUUCGUUACAUCCCACUGCCAAACCUAUCGUUUCAAUUUCUCGUUGUAAGUAGACGUUGGCUAAUUUCCAAACAUGCCCGCAGAAUCUUCGUAGUUCUUUUAGCUGGCCGCAAAGUGUGGACCCGCCCUGUCCAAAUCCAGCCGAGAUAUUCAAUGGUCUUUGCCGCCUUGAGGUUACAGAAAAAGAGCCACAAUUUUUUUUUUAUUGAAGCUAUCCCAAAUUUCAUCCAAAUCGACUGCUUUUUCUUUGACUAAUUUUUUGACCUCUCAAGAUACGAAAAACUUAAAUCUACAGCUCUUUUCCAGCCUAAAUUUUGAAAAUUUUCGUCCAAUAGAUGCAUCUUUAGCCUAUAAAAAUCCCAUAACUUUUUUUCCCGCCUCCAAAAAAGGUCUCCAAGACAUCCCAUCCCGUACGACGUAAUCAGCGGAACCCAUGUGCCCGGAGGCGCGAAAGAGUUUCGCUUUAUGCGUCAACUGACAUUUUGCCUUCUUCGGCCCCUGCCCUCGUUUUUCCAAAAGUUUCUCCCCGCCUUCUCCACGGCCGCCGGUCGGAAACGAGACUUUUUUGGGUACAGCAAAAACCAGAAACAUCCGCUAUAAUAUUCGCGGGGCCGCACAUUUUGUUUGUUUUGUCGGUUUUUUUGGGGACAAAUAGUUGCCGCGGAGAUUGUGGCUUUUGUCGUUUUGGGUGUCGCCCGCCUGAAUGGGCCUCGGAAUUGACACUUUUCAAGGGCCUGUGCAAAGAAUGGGGUUGUUUUGUAAAAGUUUUUGUUGUUUUUGACAGUGAGCCGGGAGAAGAGGAAUGGAGCUGGGCCUUCUUUUGGAUCCUUUCCAAAAUAUUUUGUAUACGAAUGGGUAAACAAAUUUUUACUUUUUUCUCAAGGAAUAUGGGGAAUAUGAAUUACGGGCUACAGGGGAAAUGUGCCUCAAAUAUUUAUGACAAUUUUGACGGAAUUUAAAAAAAUUUUUUUGACUAUAGUAAUUUGUAAGGCAUAUAUGAAAAUUUUAGCUCACACACUGAGCCACCCCAAUUUUUAUUGAACUUGACAUAAAUUUAGAUGACUUUUUAAGAUAUGUGAAGUUUCUAGCUCGCCUCUUGCAAAGACAACUUUUUUUGGGAAGAUUUUUAAGUCAAAAACUGUGAAAAAUAUGGCACUUUUUUGCGAAUUCUGGCUUGAAAAGUAAGACACAUAUUUCUACUGUAUAGGGUGAUGUUUCCAUAAAAAAUCAAUUUUUUCCUCGCUACACCGGCAAAGAUACGAUCAAAAAGGCCGUUCUUUCGGAUUACUCUCCACAUUGCGCCCUUUCUCUCAUCUACAAAGAUUGUUGAAUAUCUCGGUUGCCUCUACAAAGUGCAAGCUAAUAUUUUCUGGAAUUGAUCUAUCUAUCAUACCCGGCAUAUCUAUAAAAUCCCAAGAAAAUCCGCGAGCUACAAGCUUACAACAGAACCCCCAAAAGCUCAAAAUUUUUCCUUCUAAAAAAGUAUCAAAAACCUCUCAAAAAGUAUUCGAUUCCCAUGCAUAAUCGUUGCCACAUCAUUUGUCGUUCAUUCAUCAUCCCAGCUUACCCUUACUGCCAACUUUCUAACUCUCUAAAUUUUCAGUACGAUCAGAUAAUGAUGGCGUCAUCGUAUGCCACCCCAUCUACCUCAUCCUCCCCUGUAAAUGGCUUCGCCUCGAUCUCACCGGAACCCCGGUUCAACCCAUUCAACAGCUCAUCCGAAUCGAGCCUUACGAUCAAUUCGAUCGACUCGCAAAGCUGUGUCUACGGAGAAGAUGGAAUGCUGAUGAGUGCGGGGCCCGACGCGCUGUGGAAGAAGUUGCUGCCGACGCAAGACUAUGAGCCUCCGAAGAAGCUGGUGUUCACGUUGCUACUGAAUUUGAGGGCCUACGUUUCGCCGGCGGAGAUGAUGCAGAAAUUAAUUCAGGUAAGGAGGACAUUUUAUUUGGGAAUUAUGCGAUGUCUAGUCGCUUGAUCAAUGUAAAAUUUUGAAUUUAAGAUUACAAUAGGCUCUAUUUCAACCCAUAAAAUUUUUAGUUCGCUCUUUGUCAGCGCCGCUGAGAUAUCGAAUUUUUUGCGAGAGAACGAGCAAAAUUGAGAGAGUCGGGCAGACAGAAAAGAAAUCUCCUCAAAAGUUCUCCUCUUCUCAACAGAAAAUCUUUAGGUCUUUUGGAGAAACAUUAAACGUAUUUUUUAGUGAACAAAUCUGAAACUUUAAUCCUAAAAAACAUGAAUUUUUGGAUACUAUGAUCUGCAUAGUGCGGUUUUGCGCGUCGCUAAGAUCGUGAGUAAAAUGCUUUGCACAGUGAAUUUUACGGCAAAUUAUCACGAUUUCUUUUUCCUCUAGUAGAUAUCAGUCUGUCGGGAAAAUAAUGAGCAAAAUCUCGCUGGGCCGAUCCCGUCGCUGAAGUGAAAAGCAAUUUCGUUUUUUCUCACACAAUUCAUUUUUUCGGAGGCGAUUUUUGAUGCGACCAAGCGCUACUUUCCCGACAGACUGACAAUAUUUUUUUUGUCUCGCUAAACAUGACUCAUCCAAACAAACAAAGCCAGAAAAUCUAAAUUUUUUCAGAACUGUAUUUUCGAGCAGCACACCAGUCUGUCCAACUUCAACAAGCACAGCCAUUCCAAGCUUUUCGAGCACGUCUUUGAGUUCGUCUCGGAAUGGACGACCAACAUUCCCUACGACUUUCGCACCGAGGAGAUGCGGCAACGCCUCAGCGAGCUGUUCAGCCUAUGCGCGACGGACCCGUCGCAGCAUCGACGAUGCGCCAAGCUCACCGAAAACUUGAAUCGGAUCCUCGCGAAACGCGAUCACUACGAACGAGCGAUGCGGAAUCUGGAGGCGCCGUACGAGGUGCAGGUCGAGAGGGUGGACCAGCUCGUCGGGCUCACCUCCAUGGGCGUUACGGCGCAAGUGGUGGCGCAGCAAUUGGCUCAUAUUGAGCUGGAGAGGCUGAGCAUGAUCGGCGUGGAUGAGAUUGUUCAAACGCUCGGCUCGAGUAGUCUGGAAACUCUGGGAGAGGUAAGCCAGAAAUUGUUGCAUUAGCCGUAUUUUAAGACCCAAUUUAGCGACGAAAAAGCAGGGCAAAAAUUUAUACGUCCCCUUUGCUGCUGUAUAACGAAAACAAUCUUAAUUUUUUCGAGACACGUCAUUCAGGUUUCGUUAAAAUUUUUCAUACUGGCCUUAAAUUAUUAGCUACAGAUGAUCUGAGAAAAAUUUGACCUCACCUUUGCGAGAACUGUUGAAAUGAGAGAGACGGCAAAAAAAUGAUUUUUGACUUUUCCACUCAUGGCCGUAAGAACUCGAUUUAUGAAUAAACAGUUCACAGCAAAAACGAAUCAAACGUUUUACGCUGAAAGUUGAAGAAAUGUGAAUUUUUUUUUGCGAAUUUUGGCAUCAAAAGCUUCAUCUCUAUUUCUAAAGUCAAGCUAGAAUUUUCCCUACAGUAGGGAGCCUGAUCCAGUGACAAUAAACGGACCUGAUCCAGUGACAAAAACGUACCAUUUUGCAUCCGGGAAGUAUCAAAAAUGCUGCAAAAUACCUCCGUCUCCAAGUGAAAAAACGCCUUUCUGAAGAGCGCGCGCUUUCCAGCACUAAAAGAGUGGGCGCGCUUUUGAAAUCGGAGUGUCUUUUUCACUUGGAGAUGGAAGUAUUUUGCUGCGUUCUUGAUGCUUCCUGGAUACAAAAUGUUACGUUUUUUGCCGUUGGAUCAGGUCCGCCACUGCAGUUUCAAAAUUGAGCAACAUUGUCGGUUAAUUACCAUUGCUAGAACCCCAAUUUCCAUCGUAAAGAGUUUAUUUUUAGCAUAACACCGAUGCCUCUGGGAAUAUCAAGUACUACAUCAAAUGGUUCAACCAGUUGAGCUCCUUCACCGCCACGGAGAUCCUAAAGCACACCAAAAAGAAGCACAGAGUCCGCUGCAUCGAGUUUUUCAUCGACCUCGGGAAAGAGUGCAUAAACAUAGGGAAUUUCAAUUCAUUAAUGGCAAUCGUUGCGGGGAUCUCCACUCAAGCCGUAACGCGGCUAAAAAAGACUGUAAGUAGUGGAAUUUUGGCAAAAAAACUUUAAUUUCCCUAUCAGGCACGUUUUCCAUGUCCGAAAAACUCGUAAACAUCGUAAACACUCAAAAAACCAUAACCAAAUUUCAGUGGCAACGCGUUGAAAAAGCCAAAUUGGAGAUCCUCCAACAUCAGCUGAAUCCCUCCGGGAAUUUUGUCAGCUAUCGUGCCACCCUCAACGCCGCCAUCUGGAGAUUUGAGGGCGCGAAAAAUGAUAAUGAACGUGUCAUAAUUCCAUUUUUCGGGCUGUUGUUGAAGGACCUUUACAUGAUACAUCGAUCAUCCCUCGAGCCGCUGCCCAACGGACAACUCAAAAUUGCGGUGAGUUUUGAGACAUUGAGGGGUUGGGGUGUAGAUUACAAUAAUCGGUGAUCAUCGAGGGGAAAUUUAUUUUAUUUUUUAGGGGUUUGAGGCGUUUUGAAGUCAAAAUUGGGGUUUUCCGAGCAAACGAAUUUACAGGGGAAGUACUCCAAGUGCGACGCUCAGAUUUUGAUGAAACUUGGCACAAAUUUAGAAAAUUUUUUCUAAGAUAUAUGCGACAAUCCUAGCUCGCGCUUUGCAGAAGCAAACGAGAUUUUUAGAUCGAAAGUCGGCGAAAAUUUAGGACUUUUUGCCGAAUUUCGGAACAAAAAGUUUCAUGCCUGUUUCUACCGUAAAGGAUAAUGUUUCUACAAAAAAUUAAAUUUUUCCGCACGAAACUGCCAAAGUUAAGGCCAAAAAAACGUUUUUCUCUCUGGCCGCUCUCUCUAGCGUGCUCUCUCGGCGGCAAAAAUCGUUCGAUAUCUCGGCGGCGCCCGCAAAGCGCGAGCUAAAACUUUCAGGAAUUGAUAUUUGGUCCAUACCCCACGUGCGUUCAAAAUUUAAAGAAAAUCUGAGCGCCGCACUUGGAGUACUUCCCCUGUUAGUUUCGCUGAAAAAAUAUAAAAUAUAAAAAAAAUUCUUUUACUAGUCCAUUCGUAAAGUCGCAGGAGUGAUUCUUGCGGCAUGCAUUGUGCAAAAAAAAACUAGGGCGACACCAGAAAAACGUCUAUUACAAAAAGCACUAAAUGGCACAGUGAAAGAUGAACUUUUAUUUUCUCACAUUGUAUGUCGCCUAAAUCACUCCAGCGACUUUGCAAAUGGGCUAGUAAAAGACUUGUUUUAUCUUUGUGCAUUUUUCGGCCAAAAUAAGUUUGUUUUGCUCGGGGAAACCCAAUGUUUGCCCUCAAAAUACCUCAAGCCCAAAAAAAUUUCCAAUUUUAUUCUUGAUCAAUUCAGCGGAGCUAGAGCAACCGCAAUUUGCCCUUCAAAGGUCCUUCCCUUAAAAUAUCAGAAAGCGAUUAGAAUCCUUAACCAUCAAAUUUUUGAUUUUUAGAUGUUUGCGCAGUUCGCUCAGCACAUGACCAACCUGAUCCAAUGGAAAGAUCGGCCCUGCCCGUUCAAACGAAAUACUAGUGUUUUGCAAUACCUCCUGCUGUCACAGACCUAUUCCGAUAAUGGUAAGGGCGUCUUCAAGAAAGAGUGGAGCCUCUGGACAACAAAACCCGUCUAUAACAAAAAAUUUUCACAAGGGUUGUUUUGAGGACCAAACUGAACCUCUGUAUAACAAAACCCCUCUAUAAAGAACAAUUUUUUUUGUCCAUUGCUACUUGUCGAGAAGCUUGUAUAUACUCCUUGCCAUUUGUUCUAAACGCACAAAAAAUUUAAAAAAUUCCUUUCCAGAUCUCCUGAACCUGUCAUUCGAAAACGAGCCGCCCGAGACGCCCAGCGAGCGGGAACAGUACAAAAAACUGACUGAAAAUAAAAGCGACUCCAGUUCCAACAAGUCUUGA